CUCAACUCAUCGUGCCUAAUUGUUUACAAUCUGUUCGACGAAACAUGGCUGCUGUCAAGUGAGCUGUUGAUGGUGUUCCGAACAGUUACAAUUCACUUAUAUGUUAUCUUUAAUGAUUCAUUUUAAAUAUUUUAAUUAAUAACAGUGUAUUUUAACGGGGAUAGUUUCAAUAGUUUUCGUUUUACUUUGGAACCGUCACAGAUUCCUUCACCCGUGAUAACGCGCCAGUUAGCAUCACUAGCUAACUAGCUCAAGGAGAACAAUGACGGCAAGCUCAUCGGGUGGAAACACCUGUCUCACUGCUAAAGGUUUGGACAUUAGUCUCGCAGCCCUGCAAAGACAAGAUCCUUACAUCAACAACAUUGUCGAUGUGGCGAGUCAAGUGGCGUUGUAUACUUUCAACAACCGAUCCAAUGAAUGGGAGAAGACUGACGUGGAGGGGACCCUGUUUGUCUAUACAAGGCUAGCAUCUCCCAGACACGGCUUCACCAUAAUGAACAGGCUGAGUAUGGAGAACCUGACUGAACCCAUCACUAAAGACCUGGACUUCCAGCUGCAGGAUCCGUUCCUGCUCUACAGGAAUGCUCGCUUAGCUAUCUAUGGCAUCUGGUUCUAUGAUAAGGCGGACUGCCAGCGCAUCGCAGAGCUUAUGAAGUAUCUGACGAAACAGGAACAGGCCCUAGCCCAGCGUGGUCAACAGGGUCAGGGGGGCUUGGUGUCUCCUCGAGCACUGGAGGCAGCAGGGGACCCUGGGAAGGGACAAGGAGUGGACAUCCUGCAGAUGCUGACCAAAGCACGCAAUGAGUAUGACAAGGGUGGUCAACCAGAGCCUAAAGAGAUAGGAGGGUGUAGUGUCCUUAAUGCCAACCCCAGCCUGAUCAAACCUAUCCCUGUCAAACCUAUGGAGAGAUAUCCCCAGCCUGGGCUACAGGAGAGGCCUGUUCAGGAUAGUCGAGGAGAGCCCAGGCCUCUCUCUCUGGCCACUCUGUUUGGUGUCCAACAGGCCAGAGCAGAGCUGGUCUCUCCCAUGGCUGGGUCAGGAGGUCCAGGGCCCCAGGGGGAGCCUGGAGGUGUCCGCCCGGCGGUGGCCCGCUCCUUGUCCUACGACGACCCAGUCCAGGCCCAGCUCCGUCUCCAGGCCCAGGAAGGGGGUCUGAUCUCAGGUAGCAGCCCCCCGCAGCACUGCCCUGCCUUCCAGAAGCUCAUGAAGGAUGCCGCCUCCUCCGCCUCCUCCUCCCAGCCUCAGAAGCAGCUCCAGAGAGGAGGUCCUAUGGAGCAGCUCCAACUCGUCUCCGAGUCACCCGAGAACAGACUGCGUGAGAACGGAGCCCCCUCUGUCCUCCACCAUCAGACCCAGGCCAGACAAGACCCCAUCCAGAGACUGUUCCAGAACCAGCCCACUUCCACCACCCCUUCAAUGACCACCUCCGCUCCCUGUCGUCCUCGUCCUCCUCCUCUCAUCCCUGGUCUCCAGUCUGCCCAUCCUCAGCCUCUCCUGGUGGAUGCUUUGGGCUUCCCUGGUUCUCAACACCAUCACCUCCCUCCUCACCAGGCCCAGCCGUUGUACUUCAGCCCCACCAAGCCCCCCCAGAUGCUGGUCCCCAUGUUGCCCUCACAUCCCUCCCAGUCUCAACCUCCCCACCAACCCCAGCCUGGUCAUCCUCAGUCACAGCCCUGUCACCCUUUCCACCCCUUCCAGCACCCCCAGCCCUUAUACCUCCAACCCCUGCCAGGUCACCCCCAGCAGGGGCAGCUAACUGGUGUCGUCUCCCCCCAUGAGCUGCUCCAGAGGCUGCAGCUGGUUCAACAGGAGCAGAGUCUGGUCCCGGAGCCCACUAGGCCUUCCUCUAACCUGGCUCCUCGCUUCCACGAGCCAGCCCCUCUAGCCCCCUCAGCCCCCCCAGCCAUGGGGCAGCACGGCCAGCAGUCGGCUCAUUCUACAGCCAGGUCUCUGGACAGUUUGGCUGACAAGAACUCUGCAGGCACCGCUGCUCAGAAGUUCCAGGUGAUCUCCCCCCAGCGUAUCCCAGCCACGGUGGCACCUACCCUGCUCCUGUCCCCCAGUGUCUUCUCCCAGGCCAAGCGCCCCCAGGCCAAAGCCUCUGGGGACACCCACUGCCCCCCUGGCUCUCAUCCUCCCUCAGCCCUCCUGGCCCCACAGGCCCCGGACGACCCCCAACCCAGGGGCCUCUCUAAAAGCCAGCUCCAGGCCACCCUGCUGCACCUCAUACAGAACGACAGUUCCUUCCUGGAUACCAUCUAUGAGUCCUACGCCCAACGCUUCUCCACGGAAGCCACCACGAACAAGUUCUGAGGCCAGGGUCCUGUUGAAUGAGGCACCCAAUAGAAACAUGUUUCAGGGUCCUGUUGAAUGAGGCACCCAAUAGAAACAUGUUUCAGGGUCCUGUUGAAUGAGGCACCCAAUAGAAACAUGUUUCAGGGCCCUGUUGAAUGAGGCACCCAAUAGAAACAUGUUUCGGGGUCCUGUUGAAUGAGGCACCCAAUAGAAACAUGUUUCAGGGCCCUGUUGAAUGAGGCACCCAAUAGAAACAUGUUUCAGGGUCCUGUUGAAUGAGGCACCCAAUAGAAACAUGUUUCAAAACGCUUUGCAACAGGAAGUUGAAAAUAAUCAUUUCUUCUGGGACAAGUCCAGGGAGACCCUCUCCCUGUUUUGUCUGUUUUCUUCCAUCAGGUGCCUAAUGAGUGAGUCCCGGGGGUCAUGCCCAAACCGGCACAAUCAUUUUAUAAUCUAUAUAAUCUAUUUGCUGAUCUAGCUAAAUUCGUCUUCCUAAUGUGAGCGCUGUGGAUGUAACCUGUGGAUUCAGAUUACAACGACAUUUGAUUUUUUGCCAUUUUUAAGAUGUUUUUAUCGUAAAAAUAAAAAUAAUUGAAAUGUUGAAUGGGAUAUUGUAGUAAAAGCUAUCAAACAGUUAUAUAUGUUUUGGACUGACUGAACUUGGUUUAAACGAUACCUCUCUUAACUAAAAUGGUUCUCCAGGCAUUUGACAAUGUUUAAUUCACUUGGAAGUUGGAUGAGUUUAUUUUAACACUUUUUAUUAAGUGGGAAGUCCUGUUUUUUAAAAUAGACAAUAUUUAAAAUCCUUAAGCUUGAGCUGAGCUGAGCUACCUCACAGAAGUGAGUCUCUGUUGAGGUAAACGUUCACCCGGAGAAGGAAUCACACCUUAAUGUGGAACCUGGCAUUUAUUUUCAUCAUGCCAUUGUCUUGAUUUCAAGAUGUCUGAAACUCAAAAUGUACAACGACACGGUUCUUUCAGAAUCUUCUGUGCUCACACGUGCCAGACUAGUUUGGUAGACGGUUUAUAUGUAUCAAGCAAAGUGUUUAAGAAACUAUUUUAUGUUAUGAGAGAGAGAGAGAGAGAUAAUAGAAUAGUUUGUCUAUUUUUCUAUGCCGUUGUCAUACAAGGAAAUUUUAAAAACACAUUUUAAAAACACAAUGUUGCAAUGACCUGUACCACUGAAACAGGAAGUGUUUUAAUUUACACAAUCUGGCAUGUAUCAAUUAUUUUUAAAUCCGUGGAAAUCUGGAGUCCCAUCAUUGUUGUUCUUUUGGUUUUGAAAACCUCUAUUCUUUUUUCUAAUAGUCAAACAUUCUGAGUGACCGGACAGCCCACUUCAUAACUUGUUUCUUGUGUAAUGAUUGAACCGUCUCUGGACCACAACUGAAUUGGAAAUAAAUGAAUGUCUUCUUCAAA